GUCUUUUCUUUGCUCGUGCCGCGCGGUGAUUGGCUGUGGAGCCGUGACAGGCAGGCGCCGCGGCGAAUUAGCGAGCAGCCCGCGCUGCCCCGGUUUUCCCCUGCAGUGAGGCGGAGAGGGUUGGCCGCACGGUUGUCAGUCGGAGAGAAACAGCCAUGACGUCCACACACACCUUUCAAGGGCUGGACAGCGACAACAAGACCAGCUCCCGGUGAGUGAAGGCCUCAAGGGCUAGCUGUGAGGCGGGUUUUAUUAUUCCUCCGGCCCGGCUGUGCCCCCGAGGGUGGGGGAGGGAAAGGCUCCUCAGACAGGAAGCUCUGAGACACAGGGCCCAUCCAGGCACCGUCUGCAGCCGCACUGGCACUCAGGAACUCGCUCUGGGCAACACAGCCCUCUGUGGACUACAUCUCCCAUGAGGCCCAGGUAGCCACUUGCCUGACUGAGCAUCAUGGGAGUUGUAGUUCACAGCAGCUGUAAUAGGGAAGAGGCACCAGGCAGGCUGUGCUGGCACUCAGGGGGUUAAUUUAUGAUCUCUGUAGUUAAUCUAUAUCAGGGAUAGGCAACCUGGCACUCCAGAUGAUUUGGACUACACCUCCCAUGAUGCUUUGCCAUUAUGGGUGUAAAAGCAUUAUGGGGGAUGUAGUGCAAAACAUCUGGAGGGCAGAAGGUUGCCUAUGCUUGAUCUAUAUCAUUGUCAGCUUUACAAAGUCCUUCUAAAAGGGUUUAUUAUAGGAAAUGUACAGGGAGAUCACACCGCUCCUGCCAGGACUGGGCUUCCCUCAACCCACAUCACUUUAAUCUGGUGUGUGGUGAAUGAAAAGUGCUGCCCUGCAGUAAGUGGAGUGGGUUAUAGGGCAUUAUGGGAAAUUUAAUUUCUCGCAGGCGUAUCCGUAAAUGUGUCAGUUGGUUCAGUCCACCUCAAAUUUUUAAGCAAAAAUAAAUUCCACGUGAAAGAAAUAAAAUUCUCCAAGUCGGCUGUGUUCAGUCAGUCAUUUUGGCUAAAAAUUCAAAUUUAAAUUCACUUUGAAUUCUGAACAAUUCACCCUUUCAGGAAUAAAACUGAUAACCUGAUGUCUAGUGAUGUCAGCUUGCUUAGGUGUGAAGGGCCAACCUGCAUGGACCUAUAUUCCUGGUUUGCGUCCUUAAAAAAAUAAAUAAAAAUAAGGUAAAAAAUCUCUUGGAGUGUGUUUUCAGGACAGCAGUAGUCAUUCUGUAGGUACAUGGUGGUAUCCAGGGCUGUGGAUUCAGAUUUUCAGAGAAGGCCCUCUCACAGAAAAUGUGCUUUAUAUAUUAUUAUUUUCAGACAUUUCAAAAUGAACAAGGUGCACGUAUAAAGAGGGCGAUUUACAUGUAAAACUGUACAGGGAAUUAUUUCAUGUACACCGAAUUAUACUGAACUGAAAACCAUUACAAAAUGUAGUAAUGUAACUAUAUCAAAAUUCUAUCACAAGACUUCUUGUGACAAAGGGAGAUAAACUGACACAGUAGGUUCUAGGGGCCUGGCCUAUGAGCUUACACUUGUCUUAUUUAGAAAAUACGAUAUCUCCAUGUUUUAUCAAGUAGAUCUGGUUGCAUGUUUCUGCCAAGUGCCUUGUGUACAAAGCAUUGUCUUGAUGUGGCUUUGCACGGGAGGUAAUCUGCUCUGCCUGUGCUUUGUUCUGCAUUCUGGGCAAUUUCUCAUGUUUCCCCUCUCUUUUUUUUUUUUUUUUAACACUGUUGAUGGUUCUUAAAUACAUUAUAUGUAUUACCUCACCAAGAUUAGUGCAGCAUGUUAAUGUGUGUAUUUAUUUACAAUAAAACAUGGCCACACCUAAAAUUAUAAUUCAUAUAUUUGGCCUUUAGAAGAAGAUGAGAUGCAGUAGAAUGUGCUAAAAGACCGAUGAAAGAGUCUUGUUUGGACACAAUAGAAAAGAUCCUUUUUAGAUGUGCUCCAUCCGGACAUGCAAGUGAAAAGGAAGUAUUUAAUAGCUUGGAGGAGCUUGACAUUAAAUGUGACUAACUCAUUAAUGCAGAACUAAUACCAGCAAGCAGACCCCUCCCUGGCUAGAUGCAUGAAGUGUAGUUUUAUGUGAGUCUGGACAUGUGCUAAAUUCUCUCUUGUAGAUGCAUGGUAUUUGCUUCUAGCCAUAACUAUCUUUAUAAAUAAAGACAGUGCUUUAUAUGCAGGAAUAAAGCUUUCGUAUUCUCAUAAAAUGGGCAGAGGUUCCAGACAUAAUUCUUCUUGUCUGUGGUAAUUCUAUUUAAUUUCGAAGACUGGAACAAAAACCACUGACUCUCAUCACAGACACAAAAGAAGAUAGCAAACCAAGUUGGUGGAUUUUACAAUGUACAAUGGUACAUAUUGACUCCAUAUGCUGGGAUCACAAUAAUCUAGUCAGACAUUUGGUAAUCUAUGGUUCUCCAGCCCCUGUUCUAUCAAAAUGAAUGCUGUCCUUGCAUCCUUACAGCAAUAAAACAUUAAAAGGGGACUGUCAACCUUGAUUUAAAUGAGUGCAGUGUUUAUGGUUCUGCCUGUUAACGGCACCCCUUUGCAGUAUUUGAUAUGCACAUGUGGUAUGUAUCUUGUCUGUGCACUACACCCAUUUUAACAUUAAACAAACUGUUCUGGGCAGACUACAUGGGCCGACUGGUUCUUAUCUGCCCUCACAUUCUAUGUUAAUCUGUACUGAUUAACCCCAUAAGGUAUUGGUUUCCCAUAAUGUUCUCACAAUGGGUUUAUUCACCAUGUCAGUUAUGGUGGGAAAUUAACAACGUAGUUGAGAAACAUAGGUUGACAUAACUGAACAUAAAAACUAUGUAGUAGUUUUCCAGAUUGCUUGUUUUGUCAUAAAACUUUUCCUUUGUCAAUUCUCAAAUUGUUGGUUUAGUUAAUUAUAUCCUAAAUGGGCUCUAAAGGGACACUAUGAGCACCAUAACUACUAGCCCUGUUGUAGCCUAUCUUUACCUCCCAAGGUUUGACAGAUAGUAUCUCUUCAGAUGAUAUAGCAAGGUUAUAAGCCUCGCUGUGCCACGUUAUGACAAAAGCGUGGCUUGUUUAUAAGACAAAGUAGUUUUGAUACAUUGUCUCAUAAAGGCUUCUUAUUGUAUUUGCAUUGUAACAAAGUUCCAAUUGGAGCUUUUUGUAAAGUCUCUAUCUUCAAUCUCUGAAAGCCUGGUUUCUUGUCCAACAAAUGAACCAACAAAUGCAUGUAACAUCUAUUACUAUGUCCAUGUAACACAAGACCAAUCCUUCCUCCACUUUGAGGACACUUGUAACAUCUUGCUAGAAAGAAUAUAAUGGAUACAAGUAGCCCUGCAUGAUUGUGCUGGAAGCAGUCAUCUGAGACUGACCGUUACCAUUGUAGGUGUUCUGUAACUUGACACAUUCUAUAUAUCAUCUUGGCAAGUUUGUAUGGACAGAGUUACCAUCUUUCAAACAAGAGCAGUAGAGUGUUUCAUUAUUAACAAUGUUUAAACAGCACAGCACAGGGGUCUAUAAUCCCUCUUUGCUACAAAUUCCAAAUCCAACCAGUUUUGCCUUUUUUAAAUUGGUCUUAUUUAAACCACUUUAAAGAGGUUUUUCACAACUGAUUAGCUAGGUUGUGAUAUUAUUUGUUAAAAUGUGCUAGUUUCACUUUUUUAAAUACCAUUCCAGGCGACCAUGUAAAUGUAAAUUAAUUGAACCCUUGCAGCACAUGCUCCUAUACGGAGUUGCAGAAGGAAUGCUUGAUUGCGCUUGCACUUGUGACAAUUCUGUAUAGCUUACUGAUCAUGCCAGAAGCAUCAUGGAUUGGUGACCUUUUGGAAACUGGAAUUACAUUUACAGAGGCGAGGAAACUUGUCACUUCCAGAGAAAUCUUCUAAAAAUGUCUUGGGAAGCGCACGCUGGCAAACUUUGAGGGACAAAACUCCUCAAUAUGACAAAUACAUUGCCAGGGCACAACUUGCUCGCUAACGGCACAUUUGUGGACUUCAGUAUUUAUUUCAUAAUGUCUGGAGAAGUGACUGCUCCUCUUUUAAUAUAAAAUAUACAUAAUUUCCUAGAAACUAAGCCACCCCACCCUCUCCCCCGUGCAUUAAUCUAACUGAAAUAUUCCUUAGUUACAUUUAUGAACUAUUGACAUCCAUGAGAUGAAUAUCCCAUAGUCACUAUAGUAUUUUCGUGAUGUUAAAAUUGCUGGAGGCCUACCUUAGAUUUCACAUUUAUACCAUGCUCACCCUUCUGGCAUAUAAAGUUAUUUUAUUUACAUAUAUUUAAAACUAGUAGAGUGAAUUUAUUUUUCUGUAACAUGGCUGAUUUUGCUAACCUAAUGAUUUAGAAAAUGUCUUUGUGUAGUCAAGACUAGGAGAACAAUAACUCAAUUUUUAUUUUAUUUUUUUUGUCCUUGUCUUUUGACUAAUCACCUCUUUGUGUGUAAAGUAAUUUAAUACUUCACAAGGCUUGGACAUCUCUGCAGGAGGCCCUGGGUGUGAUCAGUCAGGCCGUGCUGACUCAAUGUAGGCACAACCCUAAAGGGUGGCAUUAUUGCAGCAUGGUAGUUUUUUUAUUAAUAAAGUGUCAAAAUGGAAUUUGUACAUAAACUCAAUUAGCCGAGACCUGCAGGUUUUUUUUUCCCCCUCAAUAUUUGACUAUGUAAAUUCUUAUUUUUAUAUUUUUAAAAAUAGGAUUGUGCUGGGAAUUUUUUUUUUUUUUGUAUUUUUUUUUUUUAAUUGUGUGAAUAUUUUUCUUCUGCUAUAAGGGGUAUAUUCAUUAAACACCUAAAUAUAGGCUUAAAAUAGCAAGGCUGUGACUAGAAUUAAGUUUUCCCUGUUAUUUAUUAUUGAAUACAUUCUGCAGUCUUCUGAAUAAAACACAUUGCUUGCAUAUUUAUAUAAAGGAAAUGACAAAUUUAGUUUAUUUUUUAUUUUGGAAGAAUACAUUAAGAUUUCCUAUGUUUUCAAGUACAUCCUGGAGUAGAUGACCGUUGUGUAUUUAGCAAAGUACUACAAAUAAGGAUAGCUGAUUUAGGAUGGAGAUGUUGUAUUCUUGGGGUUCUUAGUUAAUUUUACAGGAAAACCUUGCAAAUAGCAUUGCAUGAACAAAAUCCAUUUAGUAUUUGAGGCAACCUUGUGUUUUUUUGUUUUUGUUUUUUUUUUAAAGUCCUUGUGAUUAGAUGCUUUCAAUUUAGCCACAUCUGUGGUUCUCCUGAAGCUUUAUUUAUUAAUGGCUGUGGUGUACCCUGGUGAGGCCUAAAUAUUUAAUUAUAUCAAAAGUGUAAGGGCUGUAAUUGGUAUUCAUGCUGUUACAAACCACAGUGUUUAGAAAAGGGUCUUUAAAAAAAAAAAAAAGUAUGGGGUCUCUUCCCUAAUUAUUGAAAACUACGGGGACAACCUAGUAACCCCCACCCCCCCACCCCCCCAAAAAAAAACAUUUAAAAAAUAAAUAAAUCACUAUUUAGUACAUAUGCCCCAAUUAAAAUCCCAGACUUUCAGGGGCCUCCUCCCGCUGGACUAAAAGGGUUAAAACCCUUUAGCCAAUUACCUUAAUCCAGCGCUGGGCUCCCUUGGCGCUGGUGACCUCUUCUCCCCCUGCCGACGUCCGCUCCAAAUGCGCAUGCGUGGCCAGAGCCGCACGCGUAUUCAAACCGCCCAUUGGAAAACAUUACUCAAUGCUUUCCUAUGGACGUCAGCGUGUCUCAAUGCGAUUUUUGCAUUGAGGAUUGCGGAAGCGGCUGUCAGGGAGACAGCCACUAGAGGCUGGAUUAAUCCUUAAUGUAAACAUAGCAGUUUCUCUGAAAAUAUGUUUACAGCUGCAGGGUUAAAACUAGGGGGACCUGGCACCCAGACCAUUGAGCUGAAGUGGUCUGUGUGCCUUUAGUAGUCCUUUAAUGGUUUGUGGACGUUUUGCUUUUUUUUUGUAACUCUUUCAUUGAGUGGUAAGUGCAUAAAAUAUACAUGGCAGUCAGAUGUUUAUUGUUUCUAAGAAUAUUUCUAUAUGCCUAGUGAACAGUUUGUUAUUGUUCAAUUUAAUUUUCUGGUGGUAUAUUGAAGAGGGGGCAGAUGAGACCCAGCACAUGCUAUCUUCUGUUUCCAGCAGCUCCUCUUUAAAACUUUCGCAAGCUUGGUAUGUCACGCAGAGAGUUGCCUUGGAAACCGCAGAAACGCUUUAUUUUAAAGCAAUGUAACAGAAUCAUAAGUGAGCACCAUGUUUGGCUUAGUCACUUCCUUGUUUCAUGAGAUUUUGUCAGAGAUUUGGUGAGGUCAUUGCAGAUCUUGCCCAGCCCAGGGCUUUGCAGGAUAUACAGGAACUUCAAAUAUGGUUUUUUUUUUUUUUUUUUUUACUUUAUCCAUUACAUUUGCAAUUUUCUUUUAUGUACCGUCUAUAUAGGAGUAAAAUCCAAAGUGGGGUGUUCCUUUAACAAACUGUAUUCACUUACAAAAUCAGUAGGAUUGAAUGUCCCUAAGUAUACUUGGUUGGAGAGAUUGCCUUGAUUCUAUUUCCAGUAUGUGCAUGAUGAUGUAUUUAGCAGUCUCACCAGAUUCCAGAUGUUCUACUGCAAAUGUAGUAAUGUGUAAUGGAACUGUAACUGUGUAUCAAGAGUUUAACACAAGACAAAUCAUUAUUCAUUAAAGGGAUACUAAAUUCACCAGAACCACUUCAACUUAAUGUAGUGGUUUUGGUAGUGCAGUCUUAGCUCAGUUAACACUGCCUUUUUAGUGAAAAUAUAGUGUUUAGAUUGCUGGCUAGUAACACCUCCAUUGGCAGUCACUCAUAUAGCCACUAGAGCUGCUUCCUAGCCCAGUGCUGCACAGUGUGCACCUACAUUUAAUGUCUCCACACUCUGCAUGAAGGUGUUGAACGCUCCCCAUAGAGAUGUAUUGAUUCAAUGCAUUUUUGAGUAAAUGCUGAUUGGCGCAUGCUCAAUAGCCUCCCAAUGCUUUUCUGUAGGGGAAGCAUUAUUGCUUGAGAUCAAGAUUAGUGAUCUCCACCAUGGAGGCCAGCCGCAGCAGUGGAGAAGGGGGCUGGCGACCUAAAUAUGUAUUCAAACACCAUAUGUUUGCAUAUUUAGUUAUGAAUGCAUAUUUAAUCUGCAUCUUUUCAAGGCCACUAAUACGCUAAUAUUUUAGGGUCUAAUAAAAACUUUUAUAUGAAAUUCACCAUCCCCUCCCAAUUGUAGUAAUGAAAUUUCAUCUGGGUUUCAAAGGGCAAUGCCAGCAUGCAAUAUAAAAAAAAUCCUUUCUGCCCUCUAAUUGUAGUGUACGCUUAUGUCCUUCAGCGUGUAGAUUGAUACAAGUUUCAGUUGUUGAUGGGGAAAUUCAUAUCAUAUUCAUAUCAUCAAGGUUUUGUUGGUUUUUGUAACCGUUAAAUCUAUUUUUCAGCUUGUGGAAUGUAUCUGCUGCCAUUUCUUCAGUCUUUGUUAUGCAGCUCUUCUUCUCUUACUCCGAAGAUGUUAGUAAUUAUGCUGCCUUUUGUAUUUUUAUUUUUUUAAUAUCCGAGGAAGUCCAUAUAUCCAAGAUGUUUCCUGUUCAUGGGACACAUCUGCCUUAUAAAUGCUUCUGUGUUUGCUUCACUCCAGAGAAAAAAGUUGGACAAACACAUAUGAAUCAGCAUUGCAUGAUGGUACAAGACUUUUCUUUAUUGUGAACUUUGCUUGUGCAAAUAACUGUCAGAGAAGGUCAAAUCCCAGCGCCCGGAUUGUGAUUGGCCUGGAAUUUCACGUUAAAUUCCACUUUUCCUCACAUCAUAACACUUUGGACAUUUUCUUUUUUUUUUUUUUGUCAUUCAAUUUGCUUUUAUUGACAUCAUAACAUUUGGCAAUACAAAGUUAUAUGCAUCGAUACAGAAGGUGGCAAAAAUAGUGUACAUGUCAGUUAUUGUUCAUUUGGUAUAAAGGUAUCGUUAGUAUUUAUGUGAAGAGAGCAAUUUUACAAAGCCAUAGCGAGCAUCUGAUUCCAUUCCUACAUUGCAACAUCUUUCAGCAUUGACAGUUUUCAAGAAGGAACUAGUCUUAGAAAAAUAGAAAGAGAAUAUUUUCACCAUUCUCACAAGUUUUAGACAUGAAAGCUAUAGAGAACACUCAGAUUCAGUCAUUUUAUUAAUUGGUAUGUUUGUGUUGGGAAGCAGAUAAACUGCGAUAAGGCAGAAACUUUAGUGCUCCUGCUGUGACCUUGUCUAGCCCUGCUUCCUGAGAGCGUCUCUACUGAUCCGUUGGGGUGGGGGGUAGGGAGUGGUUGUCGAGUAGUGGGGCGUUUGGGGGUCGAGGGUCCGUCAGGUAGUUUUUGUCCUGUGUGCGCGUUUGUUGUGGGUGUCCCCUUUGCGCUAGUCGCUGUUCUUUGAUGUGUGUGGGCGGUGGCUGUGUGUGUGUCAUGCGUCGGGGUGUAGUCUUGUUGGGGUGUCCCUUCUGUGUUGGUGUCCUUCUGUGUCUGUUUGGGGAUCCUAUUAGUGUCGGGGGUGUAUUGGUCGAGCGGGUGCUGUCCCGGGUUGUGAGGGUUAGGUGGGUUCUGGUAUCGUGGUGUAGUGCACUUGGGUAUUGGGCGUUUGGACAGUCUUGUUGGGUUGGUUCAUCCCUUGUCCAAUAUGUGUUGGUCAUGGUGGGUCUUUGUGGGUGCUGUGGUGUAUGGUCUGUCCUGUAAGGGAGGUGGCGUUUCUGCGAGUGUAGGUGGCAUUCUCAAGGCAGCCUGUCGGCAGUUGGUCAUGUAUUUUAACGUGUGUUGUGGGGGGCGGGUGGGAUGGGAGUGUAGGUUAAUGGGGUGAGGGCAUUGCGGGUGAGGGUAAGGUGCGGGAGGGUAGGGGGUGGGGUGUCAGGUCCCGGGUCCCCACCUCAACCCCCCCCGCCUCCGGGGCAAGGGGCAUCUCCGGCUCUGAGUGGUCGUCUUGGUUUGGUUGGGUCGGUGGUUCAGCUUCCGUAUUGUCGUCCGUCUGUUCCGUCUGGACCGUCCCAUCUGCCUCUGCUGUCAGGUGUUGUGUGGUCCCCGUAAUUGGUGCGGUGGAGGCGAGCCAUUGGAGCCAGUGGUACCAUGCAUCAUGGUAACGUUGUAUGCGUCCCGUUGCGGAGUGGAUGAGUUCCUCGAUGCGUCUGAUGUCUUCCACUCUCGUUAUCCAUUCUCUGAUAGUCGGGGCCAUGUGUUGUUUCCAGUGUCUCGGGAUGAGGCUGCGGGCUGCGUUUAUUAGGUGUGGGAGUGCUGUUUUUUUAAAUUUGUUGAUUGGGGUCUGUGUAAGUUGGAGCAGGUAUGUGUCUGGUGAGAGGGGUAGGUUUGCUUCUGUUAUGGUUGUGAGUAUCUUGUGGAUCUCUGCCCAAAAGGGCUGGAUAAGGGGGCAGGACCACCAUAUGUGGAAGAGGGAUCCCAGUUCUUUCCCGCAUCUCCAGCAUUCCGGGUCAUUUGUGGUUUUCAUCAUGCUAAGUUUUUCCGGUGUCCUGUACCAGUGGGAGAGCAUUUUAUAUCCUGUUUCUUGGAAUUUGGUGGAGACGGAGGCUUUAUGUGUGAGUGUAAAUACCGUUGUCCAUUGUUCCGUUGAAAUUGAGUGUCCUAGAUCCCUUUCCCAGUAUUUUGUGAAGUAAGGGAGGGGUGCGUUAGUGGUGGUGGUGGUUUGCAUGCGAUAUAGUAGCGAUAUCGCGUGUGGGGGGGGGGGGUUCAUGCAUAUGGUCUCGAAUACAGAGAGUGUUCGCGUUGCCGAAUUUAGGGUCGGUAUGCUUCUCAGAAACCUUGUCAGUUGGUGAUAUCUAAAGCGUAGGAGCAUAUUGUGUGGGAUAUUCGGGACCAGAGUGGUCAGGGGCGUGAUUGUGCCUUGGUCAUAGACGUCCUUCACUCUGCAGGGGGUCGGCAGGCCCAGGGCAGCCGUGUAGUGGGGGUCCGAUGCAGGGGCAAAUUUCGGGUUGUGAGAUAUGGGGCAUAAUGGUGAGAGCUCCGGGGCUACGUCUGUGUGAGUCGCCAGUCUCCUCCAAACUGCCAUUGUAGCGUUUAGGGUUGGGUGGUUCCGUGGCAGUUCCCCGGCCAUGGAUUUCGGUAGCCAGGGUAGAAGUGUCAGGGGUAUCCGUGAGAAGCUGGCCUCUAUGGGGAUCCAUAGCUUGUCUUUCGGGUCUUGUGUCCAUUCUAUCACUCGCUGGAGGUGUAUAGCAUGUCUAUAUUUUGUGAUAUCGGGUAGUCCCAGGCCUCCCUGUAGUUUGGGUCUGGUGAGGGUGGCGAAAUUCAGCCUCGGCGUUUUGCGGGCCCAGACGUAGGCCAUCAGUGUUUUACGGGUUUGUGUUAGGAAGGUUUUGGGAAUGUGGAUUGGUAGGGUUUGUAGGAGAUACAAGAUUCGGGGGAGGAUAUUCAUUUUGAGGACACUGAUCCUACCCAGCCACGUUAUGUGCGGGAGUUGCCACGAGUCGAGGUCCUUCUGUAUGCGGUCGAGGAGGGGUGGGAAGUUGAUGCGGUAGGUGUCCGACACAUCAGCCGACAGCCAGAUCCCUAAGUAUUUAAUCCUUUCUUUGCACCAGUGAAAAGGGAACUCUGUUUGCAGUGUAGUUGUUAGUGCUAGGGGGCAGUUUACGUUGAGAAUUUCAGAUUUCGUAAAGUUAAUUUUCAAGUUGGAGAGGGUGCCAUAUAGGUCAAAUUGGUGCGUGAGCUCCCUAAGUGAGGUUGCCGGGUUGGUGAUUGUGAAGAGGAGGUCGUCCGCGUAUGCAGAGACCUUGGUGGCUCCCCAGCUACCCUCGAUUCCAGUUAUGCGGGGUUGGGCUCGAACUGCAUUGAGGAAUGGUUCUAAGCUGAUGGCAAAGAGUAGGGGCGAUAGGGGACACCCUUGUCUAGUGCCGUUUCUGAUCUCAAAUGGGUCGGAGAGAAUCCCAUUAACCUGCACCCGGGCUGCUGGAGCGGUGUAUAGGGCCCAAAUGCGCGUCAUCAUGUGGGGUCCCAGUCCCAGGUGUUCCAGGGUGGACCUCAGGAAAGACCAGUCUACCCUGUCGAACGCCUUCUCCGCGUCGGUCGAGACUAUCAGGGCGGGGGAGUGUCCUUCUCGGGCCGCGUGGAGAAGAUUGAGUGUCUUGAUAGUGUUGUCCCUGGCCUCCCGGCCCUCCACAAAGCCCACCUGAUCAGGGUGGAUAAGGCUCGGCAUCAGGGGCUGGAGGCGCAGGGAUAGUAUUUUGGCAAACAGUUUGAGGUCGGCGUUCAACAGGGAGAUCGGCCUGUAACUGGUACAUGAGGAGGGGUCUUUUCCUUCUUUCGGGAGUACUACGACGUGUGCUAGGAGCAUGUUGGGGUCUAAGGGGUCUCCGUUAUGUAUUGAGUUGAAUAGUGUAAGUAGGUGUGGGACAAGGUUGUCUGCGAACAUUUUGUAGUACUUUGCCGUGUAUCCAUCUGGUCCGGGGCUUUUCCCCAGUUUGGCCAGUUUGAUGGCUAGGCGUAUCUCCGCUUCAGUGAUAUCUUCUUCUAGUGUAGCUAUUUCUUGGGGUGUCAGCGUUGUGGUGAUAUUCUGUUCGAUAUAUGUUUUUUGCCACGCUGUGUGAGCCUCUUCUCCUUCGUGUGCGCGUGUGGUGUUGGGAGGUAGGCAGUAUAGGGAGGAGUAGUAUUGUCUGAAGCCCUCUGCUAUAGCCUUCGGGGUCCGCAGUGUGUUUCCUGCCAGGGAGAUCUUUUGAACAUGGGUUUUCUGUCUCCGGGCUCUCAGCGCCCUAGCGAGCAGUUUACCACUUUUGUUUCCGUAUUCAUAAAACGUUUUUUGUGUGAGUUGGAACUGGAAUCGUAUUUUGGACGUGAGGCAGGAGUUGAGUUUCGCUCUGGUCUCUAGGAGUUGUUUGUAGGUUUCGUCUCGGAGGUCUUGUUUGUGAAGCGUUUCUAGACGCGCCAGUUGGGCAGCAAGGCGUGCUAUUUCCUGUGUGCGUUGUUUUUUCAGGCGAGUGCCGUGUUUGAUGAGGAUCCCUCGGAUAGUGCAUUUGUGUGCUUCCCAGACGGUCGUUGGUGCGCUUUCUGUUGUUUGAUUGGUGGGGAAGAAGUGGUCUAGUGUGUUCCUAAUUUCUGUUUGGAUCAGUGGGUCCUCUAAGAGUGAUUCAUUAAGUUUCCAUGUCCAUUGGGAUCGAAAGGUUCUAGGAUUGUCGAUGGUGAGUGUUACUGGUGCGUGGUCCGACCAGGUCAUGGGGGCGAUGUGGGCUGAACACAGUGUGUCUAGAUCCCUGUGUUGGAUGAAGAAGUAGUCAAUCCUCGAGUAUGAUUUAUGUGGCGCUGAAUAAUAGGUGUAGUCUUUCUCUGUAUGGUGUAGGAUUCGCCAGCAGUCUACAAGUUGGUGAGUUGUCAAAAGGGUCCGCAGUCCUCUGAGGACGUGGUCCGGGAUCGUGGAGCCCCCUUUAGAUGUGUCCAUUUUGGGGUCUAGAGGGGCGUUGAGGUCCCCUCCUAUUAUUACGGUUCCUGCACUGAACGCUUCCAAUUUUCUCAGGGCUGAGGCUAGGAAUGAUUUUUGGCCUUUGUUUGGGAGGUAGAGGUUCGCGAGUGUGAUUUGAGCGUCCCCUAUGUGUCCUUUGAGAAAAAGGUAUCUGCCUUCUCGGUCUUUCUCUUCUGCUUCCAGGCGGAACUGGGUGUCUGCCGAGAAUAAUAUAGCCACUCCCUUGGAUUUGGUGGAGGGGUUAUGCGCGUAGUAGCCGGUUGGGAAGUAUUUAUCUGAGAAUUUGGGGGCUUUUGUUGCUAGAAAGUGUGUUUCUUGGAAGAAAGCUAUUGAUAUCUUAAGUGCUCGAAUUUCUCGCAGCGCUCUUGCUCGUUUUUGUGGGGAGUUCAGGCCCUUCGCGUUGAUUGUGUAGAGGUUAAUUCCUAUCUCUGCGUGCCCGGGGGCGUGGGGGGCGAGAGGCGGUGGGCCCAUCGUAUCCAGGUGGCGGGGUGUGGAGUAGGGGAGGAAAAGGGGGGGGGAGAUGGAAGGGGAGGUUAGAUGGGUUUGAGGGGGUAGUUCAAGCGGUGUGGUGUGUAGCGGUUGUGUCGAGUCGCAGAGGCGACUGUUGUAAGGGGUAAUGUGCCACUGGUAGGUGUGUGUCCGGGAACCAAGGUCCUCGUAGUCACCUCACAGUCUCUUGGCAGUGAACCCGUGGGGCAGGUGGCGUCGGUGGUUAGGUAGGUCACCUACUUUGGGGUGUCGUCUAGUGACGUAUCACUGUCUGUCAGCAUCCGUCUCCUGCUGCCUAAUAGUGGUGGAUGGUCGUGAUGGUCGCCCCUGGGCGUUAUCUUGUUAUCGUUGCGCUAUUGUGUCGGGAGCGUGCAUACGGAUAUAAGAACAGUAUUCGUGAGAACAACAUAAUAACAGCAUAUCAAAACAUGGUUACACAAAUUAUAUCCCAGUAUCAGGGAGAACAUCAGAAACUUUUAUGAACAUUUAAAGAUGGUUUGGGUGUGUUCGCACAGGGGGCCCCUCAUGGAAUAGAAUGAGGUUUGCACCCCGUGGUGCGCCGUCACCCCACACCUUUUAUAUAACAGGGUAGGAGGAGGAGGGCAAAAAGUAAGGGGGGGGAGGGGGGGAAGGGGUUCAGGAAAACAAAAAAAAAAACACACCCCCAACAAUACACUCAAUACACUUUGUUGGAACCAGUGAGCGCAGGUGUCUCCGUCGCCCGGUGGGAACCUCUCGGUUGUUCACAGGGGGCGAGGCAGAGUCGCUCUCAACAGUAAUUCGGAUGUACACAAUUAUGAGUCUGCUUGAGGAACACGGAGCAUUCAUCUUACGGUAUGUAGUGGUUGGUGAGUGAUCCGUUCCCUCCUUCUAGCGUGUUCGUGGUGUCUGAGGUGUGUUUCUGUUGGACGCCUCAGAGGUGCGUUUGAUACCUGGUUGCCUGUGUUGCAGGUAUGGUCUGUGUGUAUGUCUGCGGUUUGAUUAGAUAGUGAGGGUGUCUGGGUGCAUCUUGGGUGUAUUUGGGGGGGUUCCCUUCCUGGUGUAGCGGAUGUGUGUGUGUAUGUGUGUGUGUGGGUGAGUGUUAGUGUCAAGGUGUGUAAGCUAGCCCGCAAGGUAUACUUGCACUUGCGAUUCGUUCUACGGUGGUGGAAGCCGUGGCCAGCAGUCCAGGGUGAUGCCAGGGUGUCAGUUCAAGGCAUCAUGUCAGUGGUCGUCUCUAUAGGGUGUUUGGAGCUUGGCGGGUGUGGGUCUAUGUCCCGCAUUGUGGGGCAAAGGAGUCUUGUGUGGAGCCGGCCAAGAUAUUGGUGCACUGGCGAGUCCUCUGGGGUUGUCUCUGUUGAGUUAGUAGCGUUCUUGGUGGUGUUGAGCAAGUCAUGGACUCGGGGGGCAAUAGAUGUAGGCCCAGUUAGCCGGUGAAGCAAGGUGGUUCUAGGCCUUUGGGACGGUGAGAUGUGGGUGGGUUACCGUUUUUGGUGGUGUCUUGGCGGCGGUGAGUCGCAAUCUGCUUUCUCCCUUUGCUUUCCUGGAUGCGGAGUGAUAGAGAAAGAGAAAAAAAAAAAAGGAAAAAAGGGGGGGAGUAGGUGUCUCUGGAGGUGCCGUAUCCCUCCUGCUCCCCUCAGCGUGGUCGUUAAUGCGUUGCACGGUCGUGGUCAGGCUGGUGGUGCAGGGUGGGUGGCGGGGGGGGGUGUAGGCAGGUGGUGGUGUCUCCAUCUCGUUAUUCCUCAGGGUCAAUUAGUCGGUGAUGGGUGCGCGGGGCGUCCCUGUCGGGCCCCUGGUGGAUGGUACGUUGUGUUGGCCUCCCUGUGAGGCGUUCAUUAAGCGGGCAUGCAGUCCAGUCCGAAAUAGGGGUGCGAGGGAGGUUUAGAGCCUCCUGGAAGGCCAGUACAUCUUGCGGCAUGCGAAUUACUGCUUCUGUGGUGCCCUGUCUGGCUGAGAGGGCGAAAGGAAAUUGCCAUCUGUAGCGGAUUUGGGCGUCUUGCAGGGCGGCGGUGAGGGGCCGCAAGGCUCUUCGGGCCUGUAGGGUGAGGUGGGAUAGGUCAUUGUAAAGUUCUAUAGCCUGUCCCUCUAUUCUCCAGGUUCUUUCUGUGCGUGCUUUUCUCAUAAUUUCUUCCUUUAGUUGGAAGUCUGGUAUGUGGCAAAUUAAGUCCCUGGGGGGAGCACCCGGGGGGGGCUUGGAUCUUAGUGCCCUGUGUGCCCUGUCCAUGUGGAUGCGGGCGUCCCUGGGUCUGCCCAGUAUGCGAUUAAAAAUCGGGGUCAGCGUGGCCCUGGCGUCUUCUGUUGUGUCAGAUUCUCUGCAGCCUCUUACCCUGAUGUUAUGCCUGCGGCUGCGGUUAUCAAGGUCCUCUAUGUGGAGGCGCAGAUCUUGUAUGUGCCUGGAGUGGGCCUCUGUAGCUUGUAUAGCAGGGCAGUGUGGGUUGGGGCCCUGUGUCUCUAGUGCCUGUACCCUUGUCUCAAGCGCUGUGAGUGAGGUGCCUAGGGCUGAGAUCUCUGUGCGCAGGGUGGCUUUUACCUCAUCCAGUAGUGUCUGGAAGUCCUCCUUUUUCGGCAGGGACGUGAACAGUGUGUACCAGUCUGGUGUCUGUGGGGCUUGCCGGCUGCUGUCAGUGCGCGGGUAUUCCUCCGACAGCAUGGAGCUCGGGGAGGAGGGCGCCAUGUUGGAGGCCUCCUCCUGGGAGAGGAAAUCCCCUGGUGUGUGGAGGUAGCUGCGGAUGGAGGGGUGCGAGCCGGUCCCCUGUGUUCUCGGCGUGGAGGGGGUCAUCUGGGCUCUCUUGGUACGUCCCAUGGGUGCCAGGUCGUGCUAGUGCGGUGUGUUUUUUGCGGCUGGGAGCGGAGCUCGGGAAUUAGGCAGCCAUUCCUGUUCGGCGCCAAGCCACGCCCCCCGACAUUUUCUAAUGGUUUGUGAGCUAUAAUUUUAUGCACCCAAGCCAUAUUAUGCAUACAUUUAAAGUUUUAUUUAUGCAUCCCAAGCUAUCUGUAACCAUAAUUUUCUAGUCAACUCUCCUGUCAAGAAAAAAACUGGUGAUAUAAAACCAUAUUUUCCCAUAUGCUAAUUUUAUAAAGUAUAUUCCUAUGAAUAAUGCACAUUUAAUGCAGAUUUCUUUAGUUAUACAGGUAUGUCUUCAGGUGCGUGCUCAGUACAUCUUGCUAUGACAUCCAAUGUUAUUGAUUUUCAAUGGUGCCAAUUGACCCAUUACAUCCUUAGUGUACAUGGCUAAAGAGCAUACCAACAAAGAGGGUGUGGUUAAAUUGGUUGUCCAUCAAACCAGGCCUGUUGUGAAUUGUCAUGGCCUCUGUAUAAAUUGGCUCUUGAUUUGAUAAUCCAAGUCACCUAGGGUCACUGAGCUUUAUCAAAAAUUAUUUUCCAUAUCGAAUUCCACACUCGGGUUGAUGUUUAUGGCUUGUAGAAUGCCAGUAUCUUGUUUCAGUAAUCAAUUUGGCUUUUAGCCCUGCUGAGGUCAAAUGACCCCCAAUAUAUUGGCAACAACAAAACAGGCAUCCCACCAAUCAAAUUCUGUGCAUUUAUAUAGGACAUAUUUUAAUAUAUUAAAAAAAUAGCUUUUUGUUUUGUUUUGCGAUGAUUGAGUGCAGUAGAACAGCGGAGUGCUAUACUGUGAGCCAAGCCCAUUAUUGCAAAUUGCUGUUUGGCCAUAUAUGACCCAUCUACUGAAUGUAGGUGAAGAAAUUGGUGCACUUGCUGUGAACUUGCCAACGAUGUAGAGUAGAAUUGUGCCCCUAUCGAUGAGUUAUUGCACAAAUCCUCAGUGUUUGGCAUCCAGGUACUAUAUGCAUCUGUCCGCUUCCUACAUGUGUUUAGGUACAAAUACACAGCAUGACAAAUAGAGUGCAUUUUCUUUUUAGAAAGUCACGUGGUCAGACCAGACUUCUUUAUCCAAUUGCUCGCUGGAUAUAUGCCGUUUGUACCUGGUAUAAAUGUAUAUACAUAUACUGAUUUUGUUUUUAGUUAUACUCUUUGCAUAAACUUGCAAGCGAUGGUGUUGCCGUAAUAUUUCUGUGCAUUUUGGUUCAAGGCUAAAGGGGGGGGGAGGGGGGAGAAAACGGACCCAAAAUUACAUCUGUAUUCUCGCUGGCUAAGUGGAACUAAUCAGCCAAUCUGAAUACAACUGGGAUUCAUAUCUUAUUCAUUGACCAGAAAAUCCACAGAUGUGGAUAAACAAAUAACUGCUCCUCCUCUGCUUGCUGUAAAUUGCAAGCUCCAGGGACUAGAGUGGUAAAGAUGUGCAUGUUCUGUAACCUUGUGCAUGAUGUGGAAAUUUGUUUUGGGGUGGGGGUUAAGGCACUUGGUUACACAUGCCUCUGGAAUGUAUGGUCUUAUUGUCCUGUAAUUAUGGGGGACUCCCUCCCCCACUUAGAGUAAUUUUUAUUACACUAUUUCUGUAGUGUAAUGUUGUCUUCCACAGUCUUCGUCUGUUUAUAAUGCUUUUCCUUUUGUUAAGAAUUCUCUAUAAUCCUGUUAAACAGUACUUAUUCUUUAGUUUCUUGUGCAACUAGUUCUCUCUAGGUUCUCGACACUUGUAUCUAAAACUUAUAACAGUAAGGAUUUGGGAGGAACCUUGAAUUUCAGCAUUACUGUUGAAUGGUGCUCUGAAACCCAGCCGCUAGAGGUUUAUGGCUGUAGGCCUAUCUUUGACUUGUCCUGUAACAGGGACACUCUUAUCUCUUUUUCCAGUCAGGAAGUAAAAAUAAACACUUUUGUAACACUGGGUUUUAAAACAUGAAUGCCAUAGAGAUAAACGUGUCCCAAGUUGCAGAUGUCAUAUUUAAAACCUGUAUUCUGUAAUUGCAGCAGACUUGGUUUCUUGUCUGCUGCUGAGAAAUCUAGUCACCUGGGUGCAAAAAGUCCCAGAAGAGAGAUGGCAUACAGCAAUAACUGGCAUUGUUAACCUAUUCAUGGCCUUAAUAGUGUCAGACCAUUACCUAGCAUCCCGUUUCCCAAAUGUUUUUGUUUGUGCUUUUUAUACUGUAGCUAUGCCACGUUUAAAAGAAGAGUGGUAAGAACUUUUUUUAAGAUGCUAAUUAAGACCUUGUGACUGAGUCAUUGGUAAAAUAUUUAUGUACCACGCAGUGCAAUGUCAAAAUCUCAUCACGUUUCUUCCUUUAAACUGGUGCUAUUGUGAGAUGUUCUGGUAAUCAGUAGAGUUUUAAGUAGACCUGUCACUCACAAAAGGUGUGAAUGAAACGUUCACUAAAUUCAUCUGUCUGUGUCGAGCUGUCAAAAUUACUAUCACACCUGUACCUUCAUUGGAGACACUUCUUGUAUAGAAACAACAAAAUGGAAAGCACUACCUGUGCUUGCUUUUAGUAACAGUGGUGAUAAUUUUAAGUUAUAAAAAAUAAUUGCAAAUACAAUUAUUUAUAUUUUAGUGCCACUGUCUGUGGUUGCACAAUGCUAGACUAGAGAUAUAGAUUUUUUAAUUUUUUUUGUGGGGGAGGGGGUGGGUUAUUUUUAAUUGGCUUUGAAGUUAAGCUUGCAAAGACUGACUGCCUUGAUGUUGGCUGUCUCUUCCUGUAUAAAAGCCAAAUAAUGGGUAUAUUAGCCACAAUGUGUGUGGGUUUUUUUUUUUUUUUUUUGCGCCAGUCAGACCUACUCUGUCUUGCCAUGUUCCAUGUGGGAUAUCUCCCAUCCCCAAUGGAAUUAGCUGAACUGCCUCAGCUGACAGCUAUCCAAUAUAGCAGCUUGCUUUUAAUAUCGAAUGGUACUUUUAGAUCCUGACCUAACUGCCAACACAUCAUUCUGCAGUCACAUUGAAAACACAUGUUCUCUGCAGCAAACCCUUAAUGACUUUGCUUCCUAUGUAAACUCUAAAAAUUCCUGGAAUAAACAUGCAGAUUAAUUCAGAAAUUAAGUUACAAUUAGAACUUGUUUAAGAGCUUUCAAAAAUAGGGUUAAAUGAUAUUUAUAUACAUAUGCUAAGUUUACUUGUAAAACUGGGAUUUUUGUGUAGGGUCUUUUAUUUAUUUAUUUUUUGUUUAAUGUGCCAUCUUGUCUGAAUAAAAAUUCUAAUCUGGAAGUCACUGGAUGGAAGAUCUAGAUUUUGGGGCAUCAAAAUAAUCCUAUUUUUGAGUACUGACCAGACUGCAAAUCGCAUGUAUCCUGGAAAGAUUUCCCUACGUCAAAACGUCGGUAACCCUAAUAACCUUGUUCUUCCUCCCCCCUACUAGGGUAUUGAAGCCACCCGGAGGAGGAUCAAGUUGCAUUUUUGGAAACCCUGAUGAUGCCCCCGCUCCAACAAGGUCACACAAAAUGUCUUCCAACAUCUUUGGGUCACAAGCAGAGCCUGAAAAUGUACCAAAAAGGUCCAACCCUCCAGGUUAGUUAAACAGCUGUAUAAUGGAAAAUUAACUCGUACUUGCCAUUAAUUUUAUUUUUCGGUAAUGGGCUACUGCAGCACUAACAGAGGUGGCUCCUCCCACCACUCACAAUCAACCAAAAUAAGCAAUUAAACAUUUUAAGUAGAUACCAGACGUUUUAACCAUGUGACCCUCCGUUCAUUAUAAAGCCACCCACACAAGAAAAUAUCACCAGUACAAGUUAAUUUUAAGUUUUCCUGGCCAUGGCCACGGUACCACCUAACAGGGCAAUGCCCAGGCAUAAAAAUAAGGUUGGGGGGAGAUAAAAAUAUAACACAUAAGUACUAAUAGAAACGUAUAAAUAUAUUAAACAGAAAUAAACAAAACUGUUGAGGCCUGAAGGACCGCUUUGCCAAAGGAGGCUUCCUCUGCCAACCUCACAUCCAUUUGAUAAUGCUUAAUGAAGGUAUUAGCUGAGGACCAUGCAAAAAAAACUCUUCUUUUACUCUAAGAAAUAAAUAUUGACUGUGCUAACAAAUGUAUAGAUUGAAGCUUGGCUCUACAUCUAUAUGAUAUUAGCAUAGUGUUCUACUUCCCAUACAUGUACAAAAUACUGUGAGAAACUGCAUAGUUUUCCUUAACAUCUUGUGAAAUUUCACGUGUCAAUACUUCUAUUUAUUUUCCUAUUAUCAGGUGGAAAACCUAGCGGCAUCUUUGCAGGUCCUGCACCAGCGCCAGUCUCUCAACGAGCGCACCCUCAAUCAGGUGGGAAAAGCAACGUUCUGUUUGGAGAAGGAAACAUCCCAACAAGCCCCAAAGCACAUCCCAACAAACCAAAGGUACCAGAUCAUGAUUUGUAGACAUCUUAAACAAUUUCUACUGAGGGCUCAAACUGUCAAAUCAUAACCUACUAACCAGGUCUAAAAAGGUACUUGACUAGAUAAAUGCUAGUAAACCGUUUCUGAUCUAAAUUUUGUGCUGAAAGUGUGGAAAGUCCAUGUGUGUGGAAUGUGAUGAAUUGGCCCUGAUGUUCAGUCAUGGAGGCAGGGCCAGGUGCUGCGAGACCAGCACAGCGUGGGCGAAAAAGGUGCACAAAAAACCCUUUCCUUUGCGAUUGUAGUGGUACCGGUCACCUGGAGACAGACAGACAUUAAUGUGACCACCUAGCCUCCCUACCUUUUUGGGAGAGUUUGAGUGGUUCAGCUUUCCCUGUGGUCCAGUGGGGCUUCAGUCAUUAACCUGCUCUGCUCUAUAGAAAGCUGUUUACUGAUGCCGGGGCCGGAAUGUCGUCAUAUUCUGGCUCCCGACAUCACUAGAGGGCGAGGGAGCAGAGCAGGGAGGUUACAGCUCCUUCGCACACCUGCCUGUUGGCUCAAUCUUUCAGGAGCCUCCGUCUGUGCGCCCACCCACCCACUCACCCUCUCUCUCAGCUGGCUGACCACAUGCACGCACGGCAAUGCUCUCCCUCAGCAGGCUGACAGACUGCAUGUCCAUGUAAGUAAGCCCAUGCUCUUUAUGAGCCGGCCGGCCAGCCGCCUGCACUCAUAGGCAGCCGACCAUCUCAGGGGCUAAAUGGGCAAACAAAUUCCAGGCACCAGGACAAAAAUCCUAGUAGCCAUGGUGCCUGGGAUUUGUCAAGCCCUGUUCUAUUUUACCAGUGUGGCUGAAGAUGGGGCUACUGUACUGGGUAGAGUCCCAGUUUCAAAGUGCUCCAAAAUGGCCUUGAGAUUGUUUGACAAACAAGGAGUGGUGCCUAAACACUAUUUAAUGCUAACACCCCUUAACACCACCUUCAGCUUAUUGAAGUUAUUAGUCUGGACACCAUCUUCGCUUUCAAAGUUAGACUAGUUAGCAGAGGUUGUCUAGUGGCUUUGAUGUAGUGUCCUUUUAAGGCUUCUUGUUUGAUGCCGCCUUACAUGUUCACCUUCUUGCAUAUAUCUUCAACUCUAUAAAUUUCAAUGAGCCUUUAAUUGCUUGUGUUUGCUAGGCACUUUGAAUACAAUACCCACAUAGCAGUUAGCCCCAUAUAAUGACUGAGCAUUUAAACACCACUGUCACCUCUCACAUAGGUAUUAGCUCCUCGUUGGAAGCCUCUCUCUCAUUCUAAAUCAUAAUCAGACAAUUCCUCUGUAGUAUUGGUCCCACAUGGCAUCUCUCAGGUCUGUGGUUAUCGUGCAACUGUCUGCAGAAACUAGUUACUAUUCCAAGGAAUUUCCAUGGUGUGUUUUAUUAAAAAAAAUAAAAAAAUUAUCAGGGUUUUUUAGCAGCAGUUUGGAUGCCCGGACUCACUACCGGUGUGCAGUCUUAAAAAUAUUAUUAAAUAAACCAAAACUAGCAUUUUCAGUGAACAGAAUGACAACACCCCUUGUUCUUCAAUGUUAAAGGUGCAGUGUAAAUAAUAGAAAAUACAGUUGCAUUUCAGAAAUUACAUUGAUAUUUGAUCAUAUAAUAUCCUGCUGGUUUUUUUUUUUCUCCUUUCAGGACAAUAUUACUUUAAAAGAACCGGAAGUUAAAGCACAAAGUACCCCAGGUGUGUUGCUCAGAUUUUAAUUUUCUUGCAUUCACCUUAAGCAAAUGGUUAAAAAAUAAAAUAAAAUAAAAAUCCAUGGUCCUCCACUCGUGUAAUGUAGGUGGAGGGAAGAGAGUAACUACAGUUGGAGCUCUUUGUCUACAUGUUGGGAUUCCAGGGGGUGUAGAGGACUAUGGGAAUUUUAUUCAUUAGCAGUUGAUUUGCUGGUUUAUUACAUUUGCUACAUAUUGUAAUUUCCUCUGCUGUAUAGCCCUUUUUAUUGUAUUUUCAGCCUAUUCACCCACCAUCUAUAAUUUUUUAUUUUUUUUUGUGCAAUUAUAAGUGCUGUAACCAUUUCAAUACUGUGCUUCAUGGUACAUCGUUGUUGUAGGAGCUGGCCAUGGUUUUGUGUAAAACAGUUGAGUGGUGUAACACAGAGGGUCUCCUAGAUGAUGAUGAUGGUGGUCGGGCCACUUGCUCUAAAAAGUUACAAGUAUAUAUCUCUUUGGGGAGUUUUGAGUGAUUCAGAGUUUUGUGUUUAAAACAUUGGCAAUAUGCUCACACCCUGAUCACGCUGCCAAGAGGAGGAAUAAAAACUGAUCUCAAAUAGGAAUCUGCUCUGCCGUAGACCUCAGCAUUGUUUUUGUAGAAUCCAAGCUGCUGUUGCUGAAGUGGUGGUGGGUUUGGUGCAACCUUGGAAAAGAUUUGUUCUGGGAGUAGACUUCCUGCCCACUGUUAAAUGGUUAUUCACCGGGCUGACCCUGCAUAGUCUUUGCACAUCGGGUACAUAAGUUGGUGGGUCUGUUUUUGUGGUUUCUUUGGUUUGUGGUUAGUUUUGAUCUAUCAAAGCAUUAUUCCCGUAGUGGCAAGGCAUGUCCCUUUAUUAACUCUUCAGUCUGUCUUUGCAGUGAAAGCCGUUCCUAAAGCUGCUCCAUCAAUUGAAGAAAAACCACCAACCCCAAAGGAGGUGCGACCUGCUGAGCCAGACCCAGCAAUGGCUGCAUAUGAGCCCCACCUUGGUCCAAGGCCACGGUCUCACAACAGAGUCCUGAAUCCACCAGGAGGCAAAUCUAGCGUCACCUUCUACUAAUGGCUGUAGUUACGAGGGUGAUACCAUAUUGUUUCACUGUAUGCAAACAAAGCAGAAAUGAAUUUGAGGUGGGGGGCGGGGGGGUGGUUAUGAAUGCUUGGUCCUAAAGUUCUCUUGAUCUUCUGAAACAUUUACAAGGGCUCCCAAUUAGUGUUUUAAAGUCACACACAGGUUCAGGUACAACUAAAAUCUGAGCAGCCAGUGCCAAAUUACUUCAUUCACCACAGUUUGAAUUGGAAUUCACUACCUUGUCCUGUUCAUGAUAACCAAUCCGAAGCAAUAGAACAUGUGAAGGACUAUAUUCGUUUAGAGACUAUUUUUAAAUUGCUAUUUAAAUGUAUCCUGAUUGGCAGGCCUUUCCCCAUGUCUUAAAAAACAGAAUAACUCGGGAAGGGUUUAUCUUCGGAAUGUAAGGGAAAAUUAUAUUAAAUUGCAUGUUUGGUUCAAAGUCUAUGUUCCUACUUUAGAUUUCAGUUGGUCAACCCCUUAAGGAUCAAUGAUAUGCUGUGUCAAUGUGCUUCGUUACGACCCUGUGCCACUAUGAAACCGGCUUGGUACACCCCCUGCUGUCACUAUCAGAGUAUGGCAUCUGAUUUUAAUAUGGAAUCCUUUAAGACUACAUGGUUACAAUAGACUUCUGUCACUAGUCCUUAGGGAAUUAGGCAUUUGCACGCCAGAAUGUUUUGAGCCAGAGGGGAAGAAAAUCAUAUCCACUUGUCUGUCUGUAACUGGCAUCCAUUUGCCUUCAUACCAUACGACUAGAUGCUGCCUUUGUUUUGAGUGUUUAAUCCUUUAUCCUGCUAGACACUGGUACUAGUCUUCUGUACUCUGCAUGGUACAAUCUUCCGCUUGAUUUCCAAAAGGCUGUUGUGUGCUUUCAAUUUGUUGUUGGAUCUAUGGUAGUGCAGGCUGUUCUCUGGUGUCUUGUCUGACACUCUUCUUUAAAGUUUGAUCUAAUUCUGUUCCCUUGUUUCACUUUAUUUGGUUGUUUAUAUCCGGCACUAGAACCCACCCCAUCCAGUCAUCUUCCAACUUUUUAGCCUGUGUUGCCUUACACCCUAGUGGCAUCUCUUAUCGUUGUGUUAAACAAAACAAAAAAUCUUUAACACUUACCUUCUCUAGUGUCUCCAUGUGGUGGGAGACUUCAGGCAAAUGUUUAGAACAAUCAUCCUGUAUAUAAAUACUUUGAGCGUUGCUAAUAGAUCCCUUUCCUUGUAGCUUGUGGUUUAUAUGGAUGUUCUCUGUACUGUGCUCUUUGAAUAAAUUAACCGUAUGAAUAGCAGUAAGUCGGCAGUUUCCCCUUCGAGCGUUAGUCCCAAACAAAAGGAAUUGGAAUUUGCAGAAAGUGGCACAUUUCGCAAUGUCACUCUUUUUAGCUUAUGUUGCCUCUUCAUUCCUAAAAUGAUCCAAAGACACCAUAAUUUUCUGUUAUAAAGGAAUACUGUGGUGUUCACGUUCACAUCUAUACAGACCCCAGCUUUUUGAGCUAAAUUUUAGAUUUGUUUUCAAGUUGGAAAUGGUUCCAAAAAAAAGUAUUCAAAAACAUUUAAUUUCCUAGAUGUAUUGCAGUAGGACUGGCAUUAGGUUGAUCAAGGUGCUAUAAAUCCUUUAAACAGUGCAGAAAAGUCAAAUAUGACGUUAUAGAGCAGAAAGUACUGGUUUUAGCUAUAGCGUCUGCUGAUUCUGAUUUUGGGUAUAUCACCUGUAAGCGAAAACAUGGAUUGCAUCACUUGCGUAUAUGGGAGUUAACCCCCACCUCUCUCAAUGCUCAUUUUAAAUCCUUCACAAUGUAUUGCUCAUCUGUACAUCCUUUAAAAUUGAGUAUUAAUACGACAUUGGAGGAGCAAGUCUGCUUCAGAUAUAAAAUGUACCCUUUCAUUGUGCUAGCAAAUUGUAGUCCCUCGUGGGGGUUUGUAUUCUUCUUGUGGUAGAUUAGUACAUGCUCUUGUUCAGUAUGCAGAGGUUUUAGGUUUAAAAUGAGUACCGGAGGGUGUGCUAAGCUAUUUCUCAGUGUAUAGAGAUUACAGCCAGGAUAGCUAGAUUAGGACUCCGCUGGGCUAGUAUUGAAGAGCUGCCAUCACACAGCCCUGCUUUAGAGCUUAGACGCUCCUAGGCUAGUGUGUCUAGGUACCAACUCAUCAGGCUGUUCUUUCUUGGAACCAGAAGUGGCGUUGUUUAAUUUCUCACCCAAUGCAGCUAGCCUUUUCUACACUACGUAGAUAAUCCCCAGUGAUGCCAAAUAAAGCCCUUGCAUAUAUGUUCUGUAUUUCAAUGAGCAGGACUUCUGUUAUUGUUAUUGCGACUGCAGUACGGAUCAUGUAACAGGUUCAUGCCUAAUAUUACCAAAUCAUGUACCCUAUAAAACAAAGAUGGCUCAAUGAUUUUAUAAUAAAUCAAAUCAGCCAAUCAUGCCAGACUCCUCUUAGAAUGUAUAUAUUGUUUGAUCGGUGAAUUCUGUUCCUUAUACAAAGUAUAGGUGCAUGACCUUAUCAUAUCGCUGGACUAUGUGCUGGACCUGGUCAUGUAAACCAAACAGAAGCCAGUGCUGCAAUUUUCUGUUCAAUUUGAGGCCUUAAACUAAUCCUCUUUACAUGUACAAUGCUCUUUGUGGGUUUGUUUGUUCUUUUUCUAUACUGAAUGUACAGGUUGUGGGGUCUUGUUAUGUAGCGGCUGGCAUCCUCCUCUUAUUACAUUUCUCAAACUGAUGCCAUUUAUACUGUUACCAUAAUGCGCCUCAAUAAACUAUGUAUUUUGUUAAUGAAC